AUGCAGGACCUGGUCUGCUCUCUUCACUGCAGGGCAACCCCUGCCCUCUCCUCACUGUGCUCAGGAGCACCGCCUUCUUUGCGGUUCUCCAGUGCUGUCUUCUCUUCCUCCACUGCUCUUCUGUCACUUGUUCCCUCUGUGCCUUUCCCUGCUGCUUGGAGAGACUCACCUUUCGCAGGCUUCACAGGGCAGUUUCUGAGUUCUUUCCUCCCUGUGGCACAGGGAAGCUGUGGGGAGCAGCCAGCUCCAGCAGGCCGGGUGGGCCAGAGUCUUCUGCUCUCAGCCACUCGUGCCUUUGAGGGCAGGGCUGCUGCUCUUUGUAUGAAGUGCUGCUCCGUUUACUCUCCAGUUUCCUGA